UUAAACAGUUUUAUUUUAUGCUUGAAUGUUCGCUUAUUUUAUGAAUAAAUCAAUCUAUUUCCUAUAUCUAAUAAUUAUGCUAAUAAAUAUGAAUCAAUGUUGUCAAAAACUUGGUUCAUCUUGUACAGGGACAGUAUUCCGUCGUUGUUGUGGUAAUCUACUCUGUGAAUAUGAUAUGCUCGGCGCUGGAACUUGUCAACAUUGUAUUCGUUCAAAUUAUGCAUGCAUGAAGAAUAGUCAAUGUUGUUCGAAAUAUUGUAAAUUUUUAGUUUGUCUUUAAUGCCUAUAAUUGUAAUUUGUGAAAAAAA